GAACAGAAGUGAGAGAGGUCAUGGGCUCCGGAAGAAUCCAGAUUUUACUUUGAAUCGUUCCUCUUUGACGGCUUCAGUGCGUUAGGGUUGGAAGAAUUGGUGGCGCGGUAGUUUAAAGCAAUCGUCGGUUGCCUGAUCCUUUCUGUCAUCGCAGAAGUUUCGGUCUGAGCUCUAUGACUAGUCCGAUUCGCCAAGAAAUUGAGGGUCAACAAUCACCAUACUGUUGCUGAUUGAAAAAAGAAAUCAUAUCCUAUAUUUCGUGCAGAAGGAUUUAUGGAGGAUUAAGUGGGUCCCUUGGGCUGAAGCCAAGGUUGGGCAGCAUAUGCAGUUUUUCGACAGUUGUGGUUCAUAAAAUAGGUGAAAAUGAACUGCUCCUGUUUUGGUGCUAUAUUCUCUCGGAAAAAACAACUUACCUAUUCUGAACAGAAUCUAGAGGGGUUUUCAUCGGAAAAGAAUAUAAAGCUUUUUUCUUACAUCGAGCUUAAGUCAGCAACAGACAACUUUCAUCCAAGCAACAAGAUAGGUCGGGGUGGUUUUGGAACAGUAUACAAGGGAACUCUUAGGAAUGGAGCACUUGUUGCAAUAAAGGUACUUUCUGCAGAAUCACGACAAGGAAUUAAGGAAUUUUUGACUGAGAUUGAUGUCAUAACAAAUGUUAAGCAUCCCAACCUUGUUGAGCUAAUUGGUAGCUGUGUUGAAGGCGGCAAUCGCAUUUUGGUUUAUGAAUACUUGGAAAGCAGUAGUAUUGAUCGUGCAUUACUAGGUAGGAACAGCGAUGCAACUAAGCUAAAUUGGUACAUCAGAUCUUCAAUUUGCCUGGGCAUCGCCAGGGGUCUCAAAUAUCUACAUGAGGAGCUUGAACCACCAAUUGUACACAGAGACAUCAAAACUAGCAAUAUUCUCCUUGACAGGAAUUUUGUCCCUAAAAUUGGAGAUUUUGGUGUGGCUAAGCUUUUUCCUGACAACAUUACUCAUAUCAGCACACGCGUAGCCGGAACAACUGGUUAUUUGGCUCCUGAGUAUGCUAUGAAAGGCAAGUUAACUAAGAAGGCUGACAUAUAUAGCUUUGGGAUCCUCGUUCUUGAAAUAAUUAGUGGCAGAAGUAAUUCGAAGUCAUGGUCAGAAAUUGGAAAACCUCUCUUGGAAUGGACAUGGAACCUUUUCGAGGAAGGGAGACUUGCAGAGGUUGUAGAUCCAGCUCUGAAGGAGUAUCCACAAGAUCAGGUGAUACGGUACAUCAAAGUAGCCCUCUUCUGCACACAAGCUGUGGCCGGACGGAGGCCCUCCAUGCUCCAAGUUGUAGACAUGUUAUCGAAGCCUGUACAACUCAACGAUGAGGAAAUUAGUUCGCCUGGUUACAUGGAAGACCGUGGAAAAAUUAGCAGGGGUCUGAGAGUAACAAACACCACGUACCCUCGGUCGAAGGAUUCAACAAGCAGUGAUACGACCACCCCAUUCACCUCCGGCCAUGUCACAUUCACCGAAAUGCACCCAAGGUGAGCUUUGCUGAAGCAACGAGUGAGCCAGAUUCUUUUUGCACAUACCAAUAGGUUGAGUCCCUGAAUGUGAUUCUUCUAAUGGACUUUGCGCCCCCUUAUAUUCACAUUGCAUAUAUAUAUAUAUAUAUAUAUAGUUGAGUUUGCAUGGGUGUGAGAUGUGUACGUAAAAUCUUUAAUGUAUUAUUAUUCACACAGCAAAAGCCCACCGCCCCUUCAAAAGGCAUUUCUGCA